AUGGACAAUGUUAUGAGGUAUAAGUUUUCUGCUAGAAGGUUUGCAGUCAGAGCAUCUAAGAGUGAGGAGACCAAUGGCACCUGGAGCCAUCCCCUGGAGCUGGCUUUCGUUGCUAGCACUGCUAAGAUCGCCCCAGCCAAUGCUGCCUACUGAGAGAGCGCCAAUGUGUUUGGUGCUCCUAAAAAGACUACUGGAUUCACCUCUUUCACCGACAAUGGCUUCUCUAUGGAUGUUCGCUCUAAGUGGAAUCCAAGCAAGGAGAAGGAGUUCCCCGAAAUAGUCAUUAGAUACAAGGACAACUUCGAUGCCACGAACAACUUGUUCGUGUCAAUCUCCCCAACCACCAAAAGCACCAUCUCUGAUUACAGGGCGCCCGAGAAGUUCUUCGACCAGGUCUCAUAUCUUUUUGAAAAGCAAGCCUACGAUGGAAAAAUUCCUUCUGAGGGUGGUUUCAUGGACAACGCUGUGGCCACAGCAGCAAUGCUGGAGGCCAACUCAGAGGAUGUCAACGGCAGGCCCAACUACAAGCUCAGCGUGUUCACUCGUACUGCUGACGGAGACGAGGGAGGCAAGCAUCAGCUGAUCGCUGCCACUGUGAAAGACGACAACUUGUACUUGUUCAAGGCUCAAGCUGGCCACAAGAGAUGGUUCAAGGGCAUGAAGAAGUUUGUUGAGGGAGCAUGGAACUCAUUUAACGUGGCUUAG